CACUGGGACUCUGUAGUGCAGCCGUUGGUCCCUUUUGACCUCAAGCAACUCUUUAUUUCACAGGAUCAAAGAGAUCGAAGUUACUCAACUGUGAAAACCACCUCAACAGCCGUGACAGUCAAUAACCUGAAGCCUGGAACCCUCUAUAUUUUCCAAAUCCGGACAUCUUCCUCGCAGGACUACGGCAACUACAGCCCCAGCAUUGAAGUGGAGACGUUGGCUGAGCUGACAGUGGCCUCAAAUGAGCAGAAUCCUGUCCUUAUCAUCAUAGUGGUGGCCAUCGCAGGGCUGACGGUGUUGGUGUCCAUGGUGGUCGGCAUGAUGGUCUGGAGGAGGCAGUGUGGGUACAGCAAAGCCAGCCAGGAUGGAGAUGAGGAGCUUUACUUCCACUUCAAAAUACCGACCAGGAGGACAUACAUCGACCCGGACACUUGCGAAGAUCCCAUGCAGGCUGUGCACCUCUUUGCCAAAGAGCUGGAUAAUGCCAGUAUUAAAAUCGAGAGGAUCAUCGGGACAGGAGAGUUUGGUGAGAUCUGCCGGGGGUGCCUGAAGCUGCCCAGCAAGAGGGAGCUGCCAGUGGCCAUCCAGACACUGCGGGCUGGCUGUUCUGCCAAGCAGCAGCGCUGCUUCCUGGCCAAGGCGUGCACCAUGGGUCAGUUCGACCACACCAACGUCAUCCGGCUGGAGGGAGUCAUCACCAGAGGGAGCACCAUGAUGAUAGUGAUGGAGUACAUGGGGAACGGAGUGCUGGACUCUUUCCUCAGGAAACACGAGGGCCAGCUCACGGCCAGUCAGCUCCUCAGCAUGUUGCAGGGGAUCGCUGCUGGCAUGAAAUACCUGGCAGAGAUGGGUUACAUACACAAAAGCCUGGCUGCCCACAAAGUCCUGGUGAACAGCAGCCUGGCUUGCAAAAUCACAGGAUUCAGACGGCCACAGGAAGAUAAGAUGGAGACCAUCUUCUCCACCAUGCGUGGGAAGAGCCUGGUGCUGUGGUCAGCCCCUGAAGCCAUCCAGUACCACCACUUCAGCCCAGCCAGUGAUGUGUGGAGCUUUGGCAUCGUCAUGUGGGAGGUGAUGUCCUAUGGUGAGAGACCCUACUGGGACAUGUCCCACCACGAUGUGAUGAAGGCAGUGGAGGAUGGCUUCCGCCUGCCUGCCCCAGCACACUGCCAGCCACCGUUGCACCAGCUGAUGCUGGACUGCUGGCAGAAGGAACGCAGCCAGCGCCCCAAAUUCUCCCACAUCCACGACGUCCUCAGCAAGAUGCUGCAGAGCCCAGAGCCGCCUCCAUGCACCAGGUCCCGCAGCACCAUGCCCCUCACCGAGCGCUCCUUCGUGGCUUUCCCGGCAUUCAGCACUGUGGGAGAGUGGCUGGAAGCCAUAGGGAUGGGCAGGUACCGGGAUAACUUCACUGCUGCAGGCUGCUGCUACCUGGAGUCCGUGGCCAGGAUGACAGCGCAAGAUGUCCUGAGCCUGGGGAUCACUCAGGCAGAGCACCAGAAGACCAUCCUGAGUGGCAUCCAGACCCUGCGGGCCCAGGUGAUCCAGAUGCAUGGCCGGGGCGUGCAGGUGUGACGUGGAGCACAGACCAGUGGAGCAGAAGGAGGUGCUGGCCCAUGUUGGACCAAAUCUCAGAAGCCUUGCAGUUUUGGAUGGGAUGUGGGAUCUGGUGGGCUGCUGCCAGAUGUGUCGUUCCAAGUGGUAAGAGGGCAGGGCAUGCCAUCCCUUGUGCUGGGGAAGCUGUGUUCCCAGGCACCAGGUACAGUGUACUUGGGUGGCUAUGGUUCUCCCCAUUGCUGCUCUGUAAGAUGAGUCAAACUGUAAUGACACCAUUUCACAUGGUAACUAGAUUAACAGGGUGGAUGAACAUUUCUGUGCUGUCUUCAUCCAGAGCUGACAGCAUUUUCCUAUCUAGCAUCCUACUGGUGAAAUCCAUGGGUAUUUUUAUACAGGCUGACAUCUUCUACCAACCUCACCAGAAGCUUUUAUUGCUUUUAUUUUUAGAGGCUCACACCCAGCUUCAGGAAGGUGACUUUGCCCAUCUGGCACGCUGGAAGGAAGCUCUGUCCCAGCCACGUCCCUUCCGCUCAGAGUCACCUUGCUGAAUUCUGACACCACUGUCAGUGAACAGAGACAAAUGUUCCCUGCCAAAGUGCAGUGCUGAAUGUUUGGACGGUGCUUUUGACAAGACAGUUUCAGAGGGGCGAAUGGAAGGCUUUGAAGAUAGCCACAGCCAAGAGAGGGCAAGUAGAGAAGCCUUGGGCUACCCUGCUGAUGCUUUCAGCCUUUGCCUUUUGUGCAGGUCCUGGUCCAUCAUUUCCCUGUGUGAGCCCACCAAGUGGGAUGGAAUUACAGAGCAGCAGCAGUGAGCAGGAACCUUCUGCCCUUGGAGGGCUGAUGCUAAAGCAGUUGGUGCUCCUUUAGCCCCUUUUCCCUGUUUCUUGCCCUGCAAAGUCUUGCAGGCAUCCUGUAUCCUCAUUGGCAGUGGGGGAGCGUGAUGGCACCGGGAGAUGCAGGAAGGCAAUGGGAGUGAGGUGUGCCCAUGGUGGCAAGCUGCUCCUUGCAGGUAGGAGACAUCUUUAGAAGUCUGAACAAGUGGAGGGGUCUGAUUACCCCCCAGUAUUAAUAUAGACCCUGUGAGGUCUGCCAGCAGCUGCGUUUGCUCUGCAAUCCCAACACUGUACCAUAGCUUAGGGGAGUGGUAUAGAAAUAACCACUGGAAAAGAGGGUGGGUACAGCUGGAUGUGGUACCCAUCCUGCAGAUAGAAACAGAGCUCUGCUGCGUGGCUGAGGGAUGGAGCCAGGGGUGCUGCUGGGCUCCAGGUGGGCACACAGCACUUUGUUUUGUAGCAGCCCUGCACAGCGUGCCUCGUGCACUGGCGUUUCUGCUACAGGCCCAAUCUGUGACAGAAGGCAUAAAUAGCAUCUGCUUAACAAUACGAGGUUUCUUUCAAGUUAGUUAAUUAAAUGGUCUUUGUAGCCUCGUACAGAGCUUUGUAGGCCUUUUAUUCUCAUCUGUACGUAUUGCAAGUGAAUUAUUAAUGACGAAAGACAAAGAUUUACAAAAGGAAUGAGUGCUGUGGAAGGUGUUCAGUGCAGUUGAAAAUCUGUAUGCGUAGGAUUCAGAUCUUCUGCAGCUAACCUGUGCCGAGGGGAUGCAUCUAAAAGGCAGUGAGCUGCAGGGCACUGACACAGCUUGCCUGCAGGGCUGGCGUGGCACCCACCUGCCCAGAAUGAGGUCACAUCUUUCCUGGCCCCACAGCCUUCACAGUUGCUUUAAGGAUCCAGCAAAGCCCCGUUCCUGAUGGGUUCCUUCGAACCAGCACAGUGCUGUGCCCGCAGAGCCCUCUGGCUUGGCUUCUUAGACCAGGGCUGUGAGUGCUCAGGACUACGUUUAACUUUGUUCAGCUAUUUCAAUGUGAUUGCAUUGGAGAUCAGAGCUCUUUGGCUGAACUCCAACGAGCGGAGUCAAGAAGGUGCUGGCUAAGUAUAUUUUUUUUUUCUGCCUCAUCUUGCCAUUUGAAGGCAGAGCUGCAGUGAGCUGCCACCAGCUCUCGGUGCUCUUCUCCUGCAGUUUGGACAUCAUUCUCUAAUGUCAUGAGGUCAUCUUUUGUUCGUUUGUUUACAGAAUUAAUUUGCCUUUAGGUUUUGCAGUUGUUGGGUCUGUUGCCAGCAUCCUGCCAUAUCACACCCAAAAGAGUAAUAAUUACGAACUGAAACCUUCAUUUGGUAGAAAUGCCAGAUCCCAAGGAUCAAGUGCAAUUUGUAUGCUCGUUAUGUUUACAUUUUAUCUAUAGAGAAAGUAUAUUAAGAGUUCUCUGGGCAGGGAGCUGAACCAACGUGAUUUCUGAUCCCACAUCUCCCACUCCUGUCCCUCCUGCAUGGAGGUGGCUGUAGGAUGGGCUGGGUGCAGGGUGAUGUGGUGCCAUGGUAGGCACCACACUCUGGAAAACUGCUGGCCAUGAGCACACAGGCGGCCUUAUCUGGGUCUGCAAUGUGCAGGAAGGUUGGGAUCAUCCUAGUGGUCUUUUUGACCCUUCAUGAUUGUAUGAUUCUAUGAAGGUGCUGAGGGCUCUGAGCAUCACAAGUGCAGUGGUGAGGAAGUGAAGCUAGCAAAAAGGAAUGGAACCAUGGCAAUAAGAACAGCAAUCAGCAGCUGGGGAAAUCGCUGGAGAGGUGCCCCAAUCUCUGUAACACCUAUCUGACCAUUGGGGGAAGCUGAGGAGCUGCUGAAGAGGCUGAAGCCUCUGCCCACAACUGUGCAUGGAGUCCAGUCCAUGAGUGCUCAUAUCUGAUGGCAGCACCUUGGAGCAGCUGGGAGGUGCUGGGUGCUCCUGUACAAGUGUUCCCAUGUCUAUGAGGGGACAGUGCAGGUCCCUGGGUGCCUGGUGAGUGAGGUCAGGUGUAGGGAUGCGUGCACAGCUGCACAGAAGUGCCUGAGAGCAAUGAAUUCUUGGCAAAAAAUGGAUGAGAGAGUGAAGUUUCCUUUCUGGCAGAUUAAAUGUUAUUCCUUGGGAAUGCUCCUGGGUUUUAUUUGUCUUUUAAGAACCUACAACCAAAGGCAAUGCUGACAAAAGCAACAGACCUGGCGAGCUCCAGUGCGCUGACCGCAUUCCCAGCAGAGGCAGAGGGGGAUGUUGGGGUGAGAAAGGGGAAGUCCUUGUCCUCGUCCUUCCCCAUCAGUGAGUUCACAAAGCCCCUUAAUCCACAUGGCUGAGCACUUGCAUGCUGGCUUUGUGCUGGAGUACUCCAAUUAAAAAUGAGACCAUUUUUCAGUCACUUCUUGAGCGUUUCCCCUGCAGAAUGAGGCUCCUGCACUGCAUUCUCUAUCUGCUCCCAAAAGAAAUUCUGUGUUUAAUUACUUUCCUGACUUCCUGUGGUUGAAGGAUGUGGUGUUUCACAGCUGUUUCUCCCUGAACAGCAUCAUUUGUGACCAGGGCAGGAGCAAGGAGUGCUUGCCAUCCUGGUCUGUGCUUCAUGGCUCACAGGUGGCACCAGCACACACCUGUAACUGAGCUCUCUCAGCCCUGAAGAUAAUCAGUUAAGCAGAUUAAGUUAUAAAUUCUUGCUACGAUUUUAAAAUUAACUCAUGCCCUCUCCACACCUCCUCUUAGGGGAAGUAUUCAAUGCCUUAUAAUUAAAUUGAUUAGCAGUGCUGUUGUGCAGCUGCUCAACCAAGGCAAACACUUCAAGAGGAGAUGCUCUCAGCCCAUCCAUGCAAAGUGGGCAGAGCUCCCCAAACACAUCGUGCUGGUGCUCAGGAAGGCACAGGGCAGAGCUCAACCCACCUGCACCAUUAGCACCAGGUGACUGGGUUGGAGAAGGGUGAGGAAGCAGCACUAAGUGACCUGCCUGAGCUGAUGGGUGUUUUGGGUUGGCAUCUUUAGGUUUCUGCUGAAGUCAUGCAGGAGGUCACCAGGGUUGGUGUCCCCAGACCCCCAUCCCACCCUGAGCAGCAUCAGCACCACAUGCACACAUGACCUCUGGGAUCUUGUUCCCUUCCUUGUUCCCUCCCUUGUUCCCAGCACGCUCUGUUCUCAUGCAGCCUCCUCUUGCUGCGCUGUUCCCUGUAUUCCUAAGGAGGAUGUCUCCACUAGAUGUUCCUCUUGGCCAGGGAGAAGAGGCACAGCCUCUUCUUGGGAGUUCUCUGCACAUCAUGGAGAAAUUCCUCUCUGCAAAUCCUCCCCUAUUGCAAUGAGCCCUGCAUUCCCCUUGGGCAGAAGGGCAGCUCCCAGCAGUGCUCCUCUCUGGGGCAGUUUCCUGCAGCCAGGAGUCAAGGCAGAUUUGGUCCAGAUCACGUUGGUUCACCUCCAGCUGCUUUUUGAUAGUCAUUAACCACGUGUUAUAUACUGUAAAUACAUACUUGAGAAGUCAAUAUAUAUUUUUAUAAGCUUGAAACAAAUGUAAUAUAAGAUCAUAAGGGACACUGUGUACAUUCAAUGUUUGAGAUAUAGUCAGACAUCUCCAGGGAAUCACUGUUGGUUUGGAAUAAUAAUAAUAGAUGGUAAUAAAGAUCUAUCGACAUUUUUGUUAAUUUUGUAUUUAUUGAACUAUGUUUGAAGAUUGCAAUAAUGAGAUGCCUAAAUACCGAAGUAAAAACAACACUAAUUCUGUC